AUGCCACAAUUAAAUAAAUUUAUAUUUGACAUUCGCUCAAGUUUUCAUCUUCAUAAUCAAAUUAGUUUAGUAUCAAAUGAAGAUAUUCAACAUACAUUCAAUGAUUUUCAAAAUAAUCAAAUUAUAUCUUGUGUUGAUUAUUUUUACAAGUUUGGACGAGAUGAAUGUCAUAUUUAUUCUUAUCCAUAUGAACGAAAAGAGUAUCACAGAAUAACAAAUAAUUUUCCAGGUGGAAUAUUUAAAUAUGUUCGUGAAAUAUCUUUAUUUGAUGAACGACCUUUUGAACAUAAUUUUUUUUUUCAAAUUUCUCAAUCGUUUCCAUUUAUGAAAAAAUUAACUUUAAUUAAUGAAAAACCACAAAAUGAUAAACAAUCUAGAAAAUUAGAUGAUAACAAUCAAAAUUUAUCAAUCAUUGAGUAUCCACAUCUUUUUCAUCUUGAUCUUGUUGACGCUCAUGAUGACUAUGUUGAACAAUUUCUUGUUGAUACGAACACUUGUUUGCCAAAUAAUGUUUUUCUUAAUGUCGAUUAUCAAAUACUGAAAAGAGUGACACAAGAUUUUACAAGAAAAACAACACGAACAAAUUGUAGAAAACUAGGUUUUUUAGGUCUAAUUUGUGAAUGUGAAAUUCCUGAAUAUUUAAAACAAUAUUUUCCUCAUACAAAAAUAUUAUGA